AGUAGCACCUCAACCAUGGUCGCCAGAGUCGCUCUCCUCCUCGCCUUCGUCGCUGCCGCCGCCAGCGGAAACCCCGCCGCGGGGAAGCCAUGGCACUGGAAGUCCCCGAAGCCCCUCGUCGACGCCCGCGGACCCGCCCCCAAUGGUGGCAGCAAAAUCGUGGGCGGCAUUGAGGCCGUGCCUCACUCGUGGCCUCACCAGGCAGCUCUCUUCAUCGACGACAUGUACUUCUGCGGCGGUUCCCUCAUCUCCAGCGAGUGGGUCCUCACGGCCGCUCACUGCAUGGACGGUGCCGGCUUCGUCGAGGUAGUGCUGGGCGCCCACAACAUUCGCGAGAACGAAGACAGCCAGGUCUCCAUCGUCUCCACCGACUUCUUCACUCAUGAGAACUGGAACUCUUGGCUCCUCACCAACGACAUUGCCCUCAUCAGGCUGCCCACCGCCGUUGAGUUCAAUGAGAACAUUUCCACUGUCAAGCUGCCUGCCUCUGACGUUGCCGUGGGAACCACCGUCACCCCAUCAGGAUGGGGCCGCCCCUCUGACAGCGCCAGCGGUAUCUCCAACGUCCUUCGUCAGGUGGAUGUCCCCAUCAUGACCAACGCCGACUGUGACGCCGUGUACGGCAUCGUCGGCAACGGUGUCAUCUGCAUUGAUUCCGAGGGCGGCAAGGGAACAAUCUAUGCCUUUAGCUACAAGUACUAUGUAAUUGCUUAA